AUGAACAUCACAUUCUGUUUCUCCAUCUGGUUUCUGACAACGACCCUGAUCUUCAGUGAGGAACAAGACAUCAAUGGCUCCUUGAUCUCAAACGAUACUUUGUUUCCCAGCCUGAAUGAGUGGGAGUCCUCCCCCCGCUCCCUGGAAAUGAAACUGUUUCUGAUUCCUCCGACUCUCUGCCUGCUGGCAUCUCUCCUGGUCACCCCCCUCAUCUUGUUCACGAUCUUCUCCAAUUUCUACAUCCGCCAAGAAACCCGGUACCUGCUCUUGGGAAAUGCUAUGCUGUGUGAUUUGCUCUAUCUGCUCUUCUACACCCUCUCCACCAGUUUUAACGUGGCCGACUUCCGGCUGCCCAGAGAAGGCUGUGUCAUCCUCAUGUUUUUGCUCGCUCUGACUUAUUGCGGGGGGCUCCUCAGCUCUGUGGGCAUGGUGCUGGAUACCUACUUGGCCAUCCUGUGGCCACUGCAGUACACUGCCCUGAUGACCUCCUCCAGGACCAAGAAGCUGAUCCUGUUUCUGUGGGUGGCCUCUGGACUUUUCCAUGCCAUGCUCUUCUUCAUACUCUGGGUUACUCAGGAAGGGACUCUGUGUCCCGUCGAAAUAUGCUCCGUUCCCGUCAUAUUGGUAAUGAUCCUGCACGGGGAUCACGCUGUCAAAUUAUGCUACGCAUUGUCUGUCCUCUCUUUCUUACUCUGCUUGCUUUUUAUAACCUUCUGCUACUUCAGCCUAUAUUUUAAAACAAGGCAGUCGGACAUCUGGCACAGUGCUUUCUCUAGAGCCAGGGUGACAUUCCUGCUGCACCACACACUGCUGUUCCUGUACUUCUGUCCAUUUUGCAUUCUUCUGGUGGAGAUAUUACUGUACCUAAACGACAUCAUUGGCAUGAGAACAGGCAUACUGGUAUCCCUGACCGUCUGCGACAUCUUCUUGGUUCUGCCCAAAGCCUUGUCGCCUUACUUCUAUGGGCUCCGGUACAGGGAUAUAACCCAGUCCCUCCAACUCCUCUUCAGCCUGAAACGCUUGAAUCUGGGGGCACUGGACAUACCUUAA